GUAAAGAUUUGGAAUUAAUAAAACGUAGUGCGGAGUGAUGUAGCGUGAUGUACGGUAACGCGAGUGCAGCGGGCGCGGCUGAUGACACACCGACACACGACCACCUCACUCUACUAAUAGUGCUUUACAUCUUCGUAUCCAUCAUAGGCAUAGUGGGCAAUGUAAGUUUAAUGGCGGCGCUUGCGUCCAGCGGCGCGUGCCGACUGCGCACGCCGCAGCUAUUGAGUGCAUGCGCCGCGGACCUGCUGGUGUGCGCGGCCAGCUCGCCGCUCGCCGCCGCACGCGCCGCCGCCUUACACCAGCUGCCCUGCCAUGUCACACACUACAUUGAAUCGUUCCCGGUAGCGGCCAGCACGCUGUCGCUGGUGGCGAUGGCGACGGACCGUUUUAUUUCGAUAUUCUGUGUUCAAGUCUGA